AUGGCAUGGCCCAGUGGUGAUCGUUGUCGUCGUCCAUGGCUGAUUGGUCCUGCAACUCUUCUUAUGUUCCUUGUGUUGGCAGUUUCUGCUGAGGAUAUUUUUCUUGACUGGCAUGUCACACUUGACACAAAUAUCAAACCGGACCAACCGGAAAAUAUUGAAAAAUCUAUAUUGUUGCACCCCAAGAAAUUGAAGCUAGAUUCUGCUUGGGUUAUUGCCAUCAAUGGGCUGUUUCCAGGACCUCUUCUGAAUGGCACAACCGAUGAUGUUUUUCAUGUCAAUGUGUUUAAUGAAAUGGAUGAACCCUUGCUGAUAACUUGCUUCCACAAAGCUGGAGGAGCUUUUGGUCCAAUUCGUAUCAAUAACCGCCCGGUCAUCCAAGUACCAUUUCCUAAACCAGAAGCCGAAUUCGAUCUUCUCAUUGGUGACUGGUAUGACAGAAGUUUCAAGGAUGUUAGGUCCAUGAUGAGAACAAAUCUCAUGGCCUACAACAGCACCCCUGAUAAAAUCUUGAUGAAUGGAAAAGCUGCGUAUUCGGCCCCUACUACAGAAGCCCAUGAGUCCUUCGCUGUUGCAAGAGGCAAGACCUACAGAAUUAGGAUAUCAAAUGUUGGGACUGCAUGGAGUUUCAAUUUCAGGAUUCAAAAACACAAAAUGGUUUUGGUUGAGACAGAAGGUUCCUACACAAAUAAAAUCACAUUGGAUUCUCUUGAUGUGCAUGUUGGGCAGUCCUACUCUGUUCUUGUCACAGCUGACCAAAAUGUUUCAGACUAUUACAUGGUGGCAAGCCCUAAAAUGUUCAAUGCAAGUGAUGUGACAAGAUUUGGCAUUGGUGUGCUGCACUAUGAUAAGUCCACCACACCCCCUAGUGGGUCUCUUCCGAAGGGGCCUGACCCAUUUGAUCAAAAAUUCUCCAUCCAUCAGGCCCAAUCCAUUAGAUGGAACCUGACCACAGGGGCUGCAAGACCUAAUCCGCAAGGAACCUUCAAUGUUCAUAAUGUCACACUCUCACAGACCUUCAUACUCCAAGCAUCUACAGCAGAGAUUAAUGGCCUACCCCAGUUUACUGUCAACAAUGUGUCUUACUUAGCCCCAGACACACCACUAAAGUUGGCUGAUCAAUUUCUCAACGGGUCUGGAGUAUACAAGCUCGAUGAAUUUUCUACUAACUCUAGUAAUUUUGAAACCGUACGUGGAGUUUUCGUUGCAUCUGGGAAGCAUAAAGGGUGGAUAGAACUUGUUUUCCAUAAUGAUUUGGAGGGCAUGGAUGCUUGGCACUUGGAUGGCUUUGGUUUCUAUGUUGUUGGAUUUGGAACUGGAAAGUGGAGUCCUAAAUCGCGCUCUAAGUACAACCUUUAUGAUCCGGUUGUGCGUUCUACCGUGCAAGUGUACCCCGGUGGAUGGACUGCAGUUUAUGCAUACCUUGACAACCCAGGAAUGUGGAAUUUGAGGUCACAGCACUUGAAAAAUUGGUAUUUGGGAGAGGAGCUUUAUUUGAGAGUUUAUGAUGCUGAUCCCAACCCUGCCAAGGAGAAGCGUGCUCCCAAUAACCUCCUUCUAUGUGGAGAGUUUGCUCCUUUCCCCCCGGCCGCUCCACUUGUGCCUCCUCCUCCACCUCAACCUUCUCCACCUGCACCUGGGCCAUCAAGUGCACAUUCUUUGCAGACAGCAGCAGGGUUUCACAUUGCCAUCAUCUGCAUUGUUGCAACAUUCUUUCAGAUAUCUAGAAGUUCAUCCCAUUUUUUAUGA